AUGCUGCGCUACCUGCUCAAAGCCCUGCUGCAGGUGAACCUGUUCGCGGACUCCUGGGCGGGGGGCGUCUCCAACUCCAGCGACUUGCUCUUCGGCGGCUUCAACUCCUCGCUGGCGCCCCUCAACCCCAGCCCGCUGCCCCCGAGCGAGCCGCCCCCCAACGCGACGAGAGUCGGGCCGGAGGACGCCAAGCCACGCAUCGUGGAGCAGCCCCCAGAUCUGGUAGUUUCCCGGGGCGAGCCGGCCACGCUGCCCUGUCGUGCUGAAGGCCGGCCUAGACCUCACAUAGAAUGGUACAAAAACGGGGCGCGCGUAGCCACGGCGCGCGAGGACCCGCGCGCGCACCGCCUGCUGCUGCCCAGCGGGGCCCUCUUCUUCCCGCGCAUCGUGCACGGGCGCCGCGCGCGGCCGGACGAGGGCGUCUACACCUGUGUGGCACGCAAUUACCUCGGAGCAGCGGCUAGCAGAAAUGCCUCUCUGGAAGUGGCAGUUCUCCGAGAUGAUUUUCGGCAGUCCCCAGGAAACACGGUGGUGGCAGUAGGAGAGCCAGCAGUAAUGGAAUGCGUGCCCCCCAAGGGCCACCCAGAGCCUUUGGUGACUUGGAAGAAGAACAGCACAAGGCUUAAGGAAGAGGAAGGAAGGAUCACGAUACGUGGAGGGAAGCUGAUGAUGUCACAUACAUUCAAGAGUGAUGCUGGGACCUACGUGUGUGUGGCCUCUAACAUAGCAGGAGAACGAGAGAGUGGGCCAGCUCAACUUGUGGUACUGGAGCGUCCUUCAUUCCUGCAUAAGCCAGAAAACCAGGUGGUUCUCACUGGUACCCCUGUGAACUUCCAAUGCGAGGUGCGUGGGGACCCCCUGCCUCAUCUACGCUGGCGCAAGGAGGAUGGGGAUCUGCCCACUGGCAGGUAUGAGAUCCGGAGUGACCACAGCCUUUGGAUCGGGCAAGUGAGUGCUGAAGAUGAGGGGGCUUACACCUGUGUGGCGGAGAACAGCGUGGGCCGCAUAGAAGCAUCUGGCUCCCUCAGUGUUCACGUCCCACCCCAGUUGGUGACCCAGCCUCAGGACCAGACAGCAGCUCCAGGAGACAAUGUGGCUUUCCAAUGUGAGACCAAAGGAAACCCCCCACCUGCCAUCUUCUGGCAGAAGGAGGGAAGCCAAGUCCUGCUUUUCCCCAGCCAAUCACUUGAGCCCACAGGGCGCUUCUCAGUCUCUCCAAAAGGCCAGCUCAACAUCACAGCAGUGCAGAGGGGCGAUGCUGGCUAUUAUGUGUGCCAGGCUGUCAGUGUAGCUGGCAGCGUUCUGGCCAAAGCCCUGUUGGAGAUCAAAGGAGCCUCCUUGGAUGGGCUGCCUCCCAUCAUCCUCCAGGGCCCAGCCAAUCAGACGUUGGCACUUGGCUCCUCGGCAUGGCUGCCGUGCAGAGUGGCUGGGAACCCUCCGCCUACUGUCCGAUGGAAGAAGGAUGGGCAGUGGCUGCAAGGGAUUGACCUUCACUUCAACCUAAUGGCCAACGGCACCCUGUACAUUGCCAGUGUGCAGGAGAUGGACGUGGGUUUCUACAGCUGUGUGGCCAAGAGCUCCAUAGGGGAGGCCACAUGGAGUGGCUGGCUUAGGAAACAGGAAGACUGGGGAGCAUCACCAGAUCCCCCUACAGAACCCAAUACCCCUCCGGGGCCUCCCUCUCAGCCUUUGGUUACUGAGAUCACCAAAAACAGCAUCACCCUGACCUGGAAGCCUAAUCCACAGGCUGGAGCCACAGUCACCUCUUAUGUGAUAGAGGCCUUCAGUCAAGCAGCUGGCAACACAUGGCGGACAGUGGCGGAUGGCGUGCAGCUGGAGACACACACCAUCAGUGGUCUGCAGCCUAAUACCAUCUACCUGUUCUUGGUACGAGCUGUGGGAGCCUGGGGCCUCAGUGACCCCAGCCCUGUCUCCAAGCCUGUCCGUACUCAGGACAGCACCCCAUCCAGGCCAGUAGAUGAUCCAUGGAGAGGCCAGAGGGGACUGGCUGAAGUGAUCGUGCAAAUUCAGGAGCCCAUAAUCCUUGGGCCCCGGACUCUGCAGUUGUCCUGGACUGUAGAUGGCCCAAUUCAGUUGGUACAAGGUUUCAGGGUGUCUUGGAGGGUAGUAGGCCCUGAGGAGCGAAGCUGGACAGUGCUGGACCUACAGACUCCACACCAGCAAAGUACUGUGCUAAGAGGACUCCCUCCAGGAGUCCAAAUCCAGAUCAAGGUGCAAGCCCAAGGCCAGGAAGGGCUGGGUGCUGAAAGCCCCUUUGUGACCGGGAGCAUUCCAGAGGAGGCCCCCAGUGGUCCCCCCCAGGGAGUGGCAGUGGCCUUGGGGGGCGAUGGCAACAGCACUAUCACUGUAUCCUGGGAGCCUCCACUUCCUUCUCAGCAAAAUGGGGUCAUCACCGAAUACCAGAUCUGGUGCCUGGGCAACGAAAGCCGCUUCCACCUCAACCGGUCUGUGGCAGGCUGGGCACGCUCCGCGGUGCUCGCGGGCCUGCAGCCGGGCCUGCCCUACCGGACCCUGGUCGCCGCAGCCACCAGCGCCGGCGUGGGCGCGGCCAGCGCCCCGGUGUCGGUGCAGCUGCCUCCGCGGGGAUUGCAGCCUGGGCCGGAGGCGGGCCCGGGGCUGACAGAGCGGCUGGCGCGCGUGCUGCGGGAGCCGGCCUUCCUGGCGGGCAGCAGCGCGGCCUGCGGGGCUCUGCUGCUCGGGCUCUGUGCCGCCCUCUACCGGCGCAGGAAGCAGCGCAAAGAGCUCAGCCACUACACCGCCUCUUUUGCCUACACACCUGCAGUGUCCUUCCCACACUCGGAGGGCCUGUCUGGAGCCAGUUCCAGGCCAACGAUGGGCCUUGGCCCCGCCUCCUACCCGUGGCUGGCAGACUCGUGGCCCCACCCAUCUCGAAGCCCAUCUGCCCAGGAGCCCCGGGGAAGCUGCCGCCCCAGCAAUCCUGACUCCGAGGACAGAUACUACAAUGAGGCUGGAAUCUCCCUAUACUUGGCUCAGACUGCCAGGGGCACGGCUGCACCUGGUGAGGCUCCUGUCUACAGCACCAUUGACCCAGAAGGGGAGGAGCUACAGACCUUCCAUGGAGGGUUUCCCCAACAUCCCUCUGGGGACCCAAGCACCUGGAGCCAAUAUGCUCCUCCAGAAUGGAGUCAGGGGGACAGUGGAGCCAGAGGAGGCAAAGUUAAGCUUCUAGAAAAAUCUGUGCAGAUGCCCUCUCUGAACUGGCCAGAAGCUCUGCCACCACCUCCCCCUUCCUGUGAGCUGAGUUGCCCAGAGGGGCCUGAGGAGGAGCUGGAGGGCAGCUCAGGGCCAGAAGAAUGGUGCCCACCAAUGCCUGAGAGAAGCCACCUGACUGAGCCCAGCUCCAGUGGAGGGUGCCUGGUGGCUCCAUCCCGAAGGGAAACCCCCUCUCCUACACCCUCCUAUGGACAGCAGUCCACAGCCACUCUUACCCCCUCCCCUCCUGACCCUCCCCAGCCCCUCACUGACAUUCCCCAACUCCAUCAGAUGCCCAGGAUGGCACCCCUUGGGCCAAGUUCUCCUCUCAGUGUGUCCCAGCCUGCUCUGAGUAGCCAUGAAGGGAGACCUCCUGGCCUGGUUGCAGUAGCCACAGCCUCCUACCACCUCACCCCCAGCCCUGCCCCCAGUACAGCCAGCAGUGCUCCAGGGAGAACACGGCAGGUGCCUGGGGAGAUGACUCCCCCACUUCAAGGGCCUCGUGCCAGAAUCCGGAAGAAACCCAAGGCUCUUCCCUAUAGGAGGGAGCACAGUCCUGGGGACUUGCCUCCACCACCCCUGCCACCACCAGAGGAAGAGGCAAGCUGGGCCCUGGGACUGGAAGCAGCAGGCAGCACAUCCUCCUUGGAGAGGGAGCACAACGGGGAGAGGAAAGUGGUCCAGGCAGCGCCUCUGAGUGCCCAGUGGGGCCCCCACCUGGAUGCCCAUCUUGUCUUUCUGUUAUCUCCAGAAGAGGCGUGGCUUCCAUAUGGCAGACCAAAUUUCCUGACCCAUGGCCAGGGUACCAGCACCUGUUCCACAGCUGGCAGCAACUCUUCAAGGGGCUCAGGCAGCUCUCGGGGUUCCCGGGGCCCUGGACGAAGUCGGAGCCGGAGUCGGAGUCAGAGCCAAAGGCCCAGACAGAAACAUCGGGAGGUGGGGGCCAAGUAUCAGAGAGAAAUGAAGGAUGAUGGUUAGAGAGGAAAGGGCUUGCAGAAGACAUUCAAAGGAGGGUUCCAGGCCUAGGCAUGGUGGUGCCCCAUUAUCCCAGAUACUCAUGAGGUAGAGAUCGGAGG